AUGCUGCUACCCCCUGCAUUGCAGGCCCGUUUGGCCCGGGCGCCCGGAGCAGCCGAGCCGCUGCCAGUGCAGCGGGACUCCGCGGCGGGGGCGGCACCCUUUCUGUUCUCGCCGCCACCGGUGCGCUUCCCGCGGGACCACCAGUUCUUCGAGGAUGGGGACGUGCAGGGGCACCUCUUCCUGCAGGAGGUGCUCACACAGGUGGCGGAAGAGCCGGAGAAGUCCAGGGUGCCCGAGUUCACUUGUCAGGUGGCCGGCUGCUGCCAGGUGUUUGCGGCUCUGGAGGACUACCAGCACCACUACCACAUGCUGCAUGGGAAUACCUGUUCCUUCUGUAACCGCGCCUUUCCCUCCGGGCACUUGCUGGAUAUUCACAUCCUGGAAUGGCAUGACUCCCUGUUCCAGAUACUGGCCCAGAGGCAGGACAUGCCCAUCUAGUCCAGGAGCUGCAGUCGAACUGUCAGCUAGACCUCUGCGGGAUGAUGAAGAAGCCAUGGAAGUCUGCUCUGAGCCAGCAAUGCUGACCCCCUGCAGGCGGACCUACAGUCACAGAAUACCUUCUACUAUCUGUUUUGGACAAGUUGAGAGAAAAUGGGUGUGCCAAGGCCUCUUAUCACUGCAAAUGAACCCCAGACACAUGUGUCACAGUGUGCAUCUGGCUUUACAUAGGCGCUGGAGAAUCUAACCUGGGCUGUCAGGCCUUGCAAGCCCAGCCCUCAGCUCACUACAGAACUGCCUGAACAGCAAGGUAAACAAGACAAAGCAUCUACAACACACCACUCUUCCUCCUGGCAGAUUCCAAUAACGGAGGACCCAAAAUGAAGCCUCUCCAAUUUUUGCCUUUGC